AUGGUGAGGGACUACUUAUGGAGGCAAAGAGUCAAGUUCGAGUCGACGUUAGCAUUGUCUAUGCUUGAGCCUUGGGAGAAAAUUCUCUGCUUGAUCAUAUUCUCGCUUUUGACGAUGCUGGUGAUGAUUGGAUUGUUCCAGUAUCUGCCGCAGCAUGUCAUAGUCAUGCAACGACGCGCCAUAUAUUACCUCUGGGGUCAGGAAGGAGACGUAUUCCGCUCAUGGGUGGAAACUCCAGGGCUGAAGGAGCUAUAG